AUGGCCCCGGAAUCUGUCCAUUUUAUAUACAGUGAGAAGUCAGACGUUUGGUCUCUGGGAUGCAUUUUGCUGGUCUUGAUGACGACUUCUGUCAAAUCUGAUCAAGACAUUACUGAUCUGCUACAGAAGGUCAAGGUGAACUCAUCAUGCCUGGACACAGUUUUCGAGACACUUCAGGGGCUAGCUGGGUACCCAGAGGAUCUUUGCUGCCUGUUGCAGAAAAUGCUAAAAAUUCAACCUGAAGAGAGAUCAUCAACUGAAGAUUUGGUGAAUGAACCCUACAGCAAGAAAUGCUUGGCUCUAGUUGGCUCUCCGUUGUCUGGGCUGAAGAAGACACUGCCCCCUUUUGUUCUGGAUCAGCUUGAAGAGAACAAUCUAGAGAGCAUUUUGAAAUUCAUGAAAAAUUUUGUAGAGUAUGAGGAGGCCCAAUUAUCAGCACUAAGGAUGUUGGCCAGGUAUACCAAAGAUGGACUUCAUGGGGAAAUGGUAAAGCUAAUCUCACAAGCGAUAACAACACACCGAGAUGCUUAUGCUGUACAGUUAGAAGGCAGCAAAACCUUGCGCCAUCUGCUUUCACAAGGGCUGGAACAAGGAGACAUCGAGGAAUAUUUAACCAGUGACCAUUUCAUCAAUAUGCUGGUGGAGACCGCAAGGCUUUACUACCAUGAUGCACAGCUACUGUCUGAAAUUCUCAGUUUGAUGACAAUGCUUGCAGCCAAUGAGAUGGCAGCAGAGAUGUUGGCAAGAGUGGGAUUCCUUCCAGAUCUGAUAAAGAUUACAGAACACUCCCUGGAAAACAGAGAGCUGUGUGUGUCCUGCUGUGCCCUCCUCUGGAGUCUGGCCAUGACUGAGAUGGCAUCAGGUGAAGGCAUGAAAAAGGUUGUGCCACUAAUCGCAACACUGAUUCAGAGACAUCUCAGAGAUGGACAGUUGGUAGAAUCGGCAAGUCCAGCCCUGUGGAUUCUCUGCCUGAAAGAUCAUGUGAUGGAGGACCAAAUUGAAUCUGUAUCACUAUUGCUGCUGGAUUGCCUACAGAUACACAUGGAGCGCCCUGUUCUGGCCAAAAAUGUUUGCUUGGCAUUGACGGGUCUAGUGACAAACUCAGAAUUGGCUGCCUAUCGUGUGCUGGUUCCUCUGUCUGGGAAAAGUGGUCUCUCUCUGAUUAAAGAGCUCUAUCUACUCUACUCUGAUGACCCAGAAAUUGUAGAGAAUAUCUGUCAACUCUUUAACCAGAUGGUUAAUUAUGGAAGCACACACUCCGAGUUAUGCUCACAACACAUGGAGGAACUGUUGACUGAGAUUAAAGAUCGCUAUGAAUCUGUGGAGGAGAUUGUAACACUGGUGGAAUCGACACUUUCCAUGGUAGAAAAAUAA